AUGGGAGAUUGGACCAGUCCUGUACCGCGUCCGUUGGGAUGGCAUGCGUCGAGUGCAGCACAGGAUGCUGCGCAAGAUGCGCAAGACCAGGCCGCUCCGCUUCAGGGUCCAGUCCAAGCACAAGCGGCUCAGUCUCAAGCUCUCGUGGCUGCUGGCUUUGUUGCCGCUCCUACCGUCGCCGGACGGUCAAUCCCGAUCUUGACGAAUCUGCUGCCCGUAGCCACAGCCAAGGGAGUCGUGAAUACCGUCCCAGGUUCUCCAGACCGCUGGGUAGCCCCGCCGCAGUGCUACAUGACGGCAAUUGAGAUCCUGACGUACUUCCCCGAGUGGCUAAACUGGCCGGAGUGUCUCAUGCGGUUCGUAGAUGCAGGUUGGGAACAGGUAGAAAUGUCCAAAUACGUAUUGUGGUGCCGCGGACUUCCAAAGUCUCGUGUCACCAAUUACAGGACGGCGUUGUGGCAUCGAGCUAAGAGGGCACGCCCGGUUCGGGCCAGAAAGGCUGGUUUCAACACGGCCAGCUGGAACGUCUUGCCCACGAGACUUUCCAUGAACAGUCUGACAGAUUACCGCCUCGCAGACGUUGUUCAGAACGUGGUCCACCAUCCGCCGGCGGCUGAACAGGGCGAAUUCUGGCGUUGCUUGAACCAUCAGCAGUCGAAUGCCGGGCUCGACCUUCGCCUGUCGGAUAUACCUGCGCUGCUCCAGGCGCACCCGGAAUGGCGGUCGCCUGCCCCGGCACCAGGGGCCAACCCAGAUGGCGAUGCGCUGGCACGAUGGAGAUUAAACCCCGGUCACAGAACCAUGUGA